UUACAUUGCAUUUCUUCGUUUUGAAGUCUAAUUUAUAGGAUUAUUAUUUUCCUAGUACUUGCUGUCGUAACUUUUAACAAGUAAAAUGGAAUUAGCUGAACAGCCUACUGAAGAGAUAACACAAUUUUCAUUUAGCGAUUCUAUUCGAUUACUUGAAAAUGAAAUAGGGAGUCAUGUGACAUGUAAGACUGAAACUGAAGAUUUGGACAUUGUUGAACAAUUCAUUGAUGAAAAUCAAGUACAUAACAGGAAAGCAUUUAUUGAUAAAAUUGAGAGUGAUGUUGAUUUGAAUGACUCGUCCAAGGAAAGUGUUCUUUCUGACUCUAAAAUGGAGGAAAACAACCAAGAUAAAAGAAAUUGUCAGUUAAUUUCUAAAGAAGGGCAUGAUAUGCAAAGUCAAGAAUACAAGCAAGAAGACCUUAGUAAUUUAACUUCCAAAAAAUAUUACAAAAUCAAGAAACAUAUAGAUACUGGCAAUUUGAAUUUGAAGAAACAUAAAUGUCAUAUAUGUGAGUAUGUUGCAAAUAAAAAAUCUCAUCUCAAAGAACAUAUAGAUACUGUUCAUUUGAAUUCCAAACCACAUAAAUGCCAUUUAUGUAAUUAUGCUUCAAAUCGAAAAGCUAAAAUAGAAUCACAUAUAGAUUCUAUUCAUUUGAAUAUAAAGCAUUCGUGUCAUAUCUGUGAUUCUGCUUUCAAUCAUAAAAUUACUCUCAAAGCUCACAUAGAAUCAGUUCAUUUGAAUUUGAAACAACAUAAAUGUGAUUUCUGCGAUUAUGCCUCCAAUCAGAAAUCCCAUCUUAAAAGACAUAUAGAUUCUGUUCAUUUGAAUUCGAAGCCACAUAAAUGCCAUUUAUGUGAUUAUGCUUCUAAUCGUAAAACUCAUCUAGAAUCCCAUGUAGAUUCUGUUCAUCUGAAUAUUAAGCACUUGUGCAAUUUCUGCGAUUCUACUUUCACUCAGAAAAUGAACCUCAAAUUUCAUAUGGAUUCCAUUCACUUGAAUUUGAAGCAACGUAAAUGAGAUUUUUGUAAUUAUGCUAUGAAUCAGAAUUGCUCAUCAAACUACAUGUAGAACCCCUUUAAAGUUCAAAGAAUUGGUACACAUUUUGUUUUGUGAAAGAAAAAAUGUUGCUUGAACUAACAUUUAGCAGGCCUUGAAAAAACACAAUUAGAUUGAAUUUGAUUAGUUUUCACAUUUGAAUGUCCUGUUCAGAAAAAUUAUAUGAAUAUUUCAAAGAUUAAAUAGUGAUAAAGUUUUUAUAUAUUUGACAUGUUUGACUGUAAUUUAAAGUAUUGUUUGUUCAAAAGUACAUUAUUCUGAUCUAAUUAGAUCAGAACAAAAUAUGUUGGAACAAUCACAAAUAAAAUAUACAGAACAGGAGAAGAGAAAUUUAAUGAAUUAUUUGCAAUCUAUUUAAAUAACUUGUUAUUGCUUAUUAUUAACUUGAAGAACACUUUUCUUGAAACUGAAAAGCAUUAAUAAAUAUAUAGUUGUCCUUU